CCCGCUAACAAGCCCUCGGAUCUGGAGUUGCGCAGGCGCAUCUGUUGUGCGCGGUUCUUGUACCUGCUGCUUUCUGGAAGGCCUGCUUUCCAAGUUGGCUUGUGGGAUUUUGCCUACGGUUGAAGCUGUUGUCGCCAAGGCUGACAUCGCUGCAUUUAGCAAAUGGGUGCUUGACCUUGGUGAAGGAGCCCUUCCUACUGAAGCCCACGGUGUUGGUAUUGAACCAGUAUGGAUAGAUAUCCCUGCUGAUUUGCUGAUUCAUACUAAUGGUGAUGAGAAAGAAUAUCUAAGCUGUGAUAUGAUCUUUUUACUGCUGUCCUUGCAAGAACAGAUGUCAGCUAUCUCUAUGCUCAAAGACAUCCACCCACGGAGCAGACACUGGGUUAUCUGUACGAGGGUGUCGAGAAUGUGGGAUUAUCGUGGCGGAGUUGACGAUGGCGAUAUACGACAUGUUGACCUUGUCCUGCUGGAUGCUGAGGGAACUGCCAUAUAUGCUGAGAUUGGUUCAGAUAAUAUCAAAGAUAAAAAGCCUUUGCUUAGUGAAGGGAAGGUAUACAGACUGAACAGGUUCAGGGUCCUCAAGUCAAAGCCUUCUUACAGGGCUGUUGAUUCAGAGUUCAUGAUUGAGAUGACCUGUCACACUUUGAUUGAAGAGGCUAGCGCCUACGAACCUACCAUCCCGCUGUACACCUACAGGCUGACGAAAUUCCCUGAUCUGCCUGUGCUUGUUGGUGAAACAAAGCACUUCGUUGAUAUCAUUGGUCUAAUCAUAGAGGUGGCUGAUGCAAUCCCAGUCCAGCUCAGUACUCACAACAGGUCUACAACUCGAAGAGCUAUCACACUUAGAGACACCAGCAACUAUCAGAUCAAACUUCAUCUUUGGGGUGAGAGAGCUUCUGAAUUUGAUGCUGAUGAGGUGUAUGCCAUUGGACAAAAAGAGCCAGUGGUUGCUAUCUUCGUUGGAAUGCUUAUGAAAUCUUAUAAAGGUGAACAUUCCCUCAGUGGAAAUACAGCUUGUCGGUGGUACAUCAACCCUGAUGUCCCUGAGACCCACGAUGUCCUGCACAGCCUACAUGGCAGCUUUGAACCUAUACAGCGCAUUCCAAUAGAUGACCAGACCCCUGUUGCUCAAGCUGCCAACCCUGAGGCACAGCACAGAACUUUAGAGGAAAUGUUUAGCAUUAGUCCAUACGACUUUCCACUGGAAGGCUUCCGAUGCACCGUCACUGUUUCACGUAUCGAUCCACUUGUAUCCUGGUGUUUCCCAUCAUGCAAUCGCUGCAGCAAAACUACACUUCCUGAUGGAGUUGGAUAUAAAUGCCCACACUGCAAAUGUACAGGCUCCAAGUUCAAGUACAAGAUAUGUUUGAUGGCGACUGAUGGCACGGAUGAAGCAGAGUUUGUGUUUUUCGGUGAUAUGGGACGCCGCCUUGUUCGUAAGGAUGUCAGGAUGUUAAUGAGGUCUUAUCGUACCACUGAUGCUAUUCCAAGUGAGAUUGCGUCGUUGGUUUCCCAAAAAUACCAUCUGACAAUUAAUGUAACCAGUAAGUGUUUCAAAAAACCACAGCGCUCAUAUGAGGUAAAGUGCAUUCACUGUGCCUACGGCCGUCAAACCACCAUUCCAACAAUCAGAAAGACCAGCAGUCCAUCCCUUGAUGACACGGCCAAAGCAGUUUUAUCAAUUGGCUGUUCAUCUGGACCUUUGAAACCACACAAAGCCGGCGACGUCCACAUCUCUCUACCUCAGGACCUGGAAGAUACGCCACCACCCAAACUAUCUCCAAAACUUCCCAUGUUAAAAAACAAGCAGCCUCCUUUCUCUACUGAACACCCAGCUGGUACGAACCAAGGCAGGAAUGUGCGUAGGCAAUUACUCAUGAGUUCAGAUUCAACUGCCCAGGGUUCCGACAAGCACGAUGACUCUCUUGAUGAUACCCUGGCUCACGGUUUACGUGCUCCUACUACUAGCAGUUCUAAUGUUCCCUCCGGUGGACAUACCUCAGCCUAAUCAGCCUUCUUUCCAUUCCUCAACAGAAUAGCUGAUGUCAGGUACGAAGUUAGUGGUGUCCUCUCUCAUUUUGUUGUAAAUACCAACCUCAUCUGCAGUCUACCAGCCAUGACUUAUGUACAUAUAUGAUCGCCGUACUCCUUAGACUCUCCACUCUGUGGCCUCUCGCCUAUGUAAUACAGCUCUUCCUCACGUUGUUCUAAACCUGUAUCAUACGGCUCCAGCGUAAGUUAGGAAUACUGAAUUCGUCUUCCACCAUCACCCCGUGUGCCAAUUCAACCAGCAUUCCUAUACAGCUGCAGUUUUACAGCCAUGGAGAUAGCUGAACUAUCACCGGUUCUCAUCUUACGUGAGGUACUCAGGCAUUUAGACUUACCGCAGGCAGUAUACGCUCAUACAAUGGUAGCAGACGGACACCACCAAAUAUCUGUGCAUCUGUCUUUGCCUCCCGCACUAACCCAGGAUCAAACCGCCGCCUAUUGUAUAAUGGGAAAGCUUAGCAACACUCUACUGGGUGCAGAGAAAGAUGCUGCAUACCACACACUACUUUUCCUGCAACAGACAACAAACCUUCAAGUACGUGACUACAGCUACCUCUUACUUACCAAGCUCAGACAGAUCAUCAGACGAAUUUCCACUCAGCACCUUACCAUGGCCAAUGAGAUUCACAUUACUUAAUGGUUGGGAGAAAAUGAGUAUCCAGUUAUAUGCAUCGUCAAGCAAUCUGGAAGAUACCUUGUUAUCCUAUUUCUCUUCGGACCCUACCCGCUCUUACUCAGGUGAAAUCUGCACUAUGCUUUCUCAUAUUAAGCAACUCGCACGAACUGUACAAAAUUCCUCUCGCGCCUCGCUUGCAAACAUCAAACAGUUCGAGCAACAAUACUUCAAUCUUUAUGGAUGUUUAUCUUCAGACAAUAACUCUGUUGCUUUCCAAACGCCAGAGCUACAUCGCAUGCCUGUCGUCACUCUCUCUCCAAAGUUUAUGCUCACUGAGAUGCUGACAGCACUUCAACUUCCCAUGCCAACAUACACUCGCAUCCAAACAUAUGGGGACGAAUAUGGCAGCUGCAUCCAAUUUUAUCCCAAUAUCAAUUUAUUCAUCCACGAUGGCCCACGACAAAAAAUCUGUGGUUUCGCACCAGCUUCAGAACACGCUGCUGAAGAGACGGCUGCUCUCCAAGCCAUUGCAUAUAUGGAAUCAGAAACAAACAUACAACUCCGAGAUUUCAACUACCCUGCAAAGGAAAGUGCAUUAGAUGAGCAUAGAUCUUCAUUAAAAGAAACACAGAAGCAGACAAAAGCGAUGGAAAUUAUCUCUAAAAAUUGGAACACUGUCAUGAAUCAGAUUGCAACGGCUUGUGAUCUAUUCGAUUCUAAUUUCUUCUGCGAGCUGAACUGCAAUUCUGAAGUAACUUCACAACCAGGCAUCCUAUCUACUAUCAGGCAUAUGGAAUCAGUCAUGGCGCAAAUACGCGGGUCUCUUCAACAAGCAGCACACACCUUCCAUGAACAUGGUGUCUGCCCAUUCAGCGCAGCUACCGAAUAAUAACUUCACCAUCUCCCUGGCCGAACCACUUCCUAUCACAUGCAUAUGAAGCCUCUUUGCUAUUCUAUACAUGUUUAAUUCCCUGAACUCGGACCAGCACUUUAUAAUGACAUUUCAAUGUAAACAGUUGCCUUAACCUGUGGUUCUACAAGUUAUCUUUCCCCUAAUAUUUCCUGCCAUCCUC